UGGGUUUCAGGGGAGGCUGUACGCAUGCAGAAUUAGUGUGCAUACUGUACACUGCUUUUAUCGGAUUCUGAAAGGAACCCAUGAACCCAAAAAACAGGUUUAGAAAAAUCCAAGUUGCCUUAGGAUCUCAGGAUGAUGGAAGGAAGUAUGCAAAUAAAUUCGCACUGGAGGAGUUGGAAAUCUAAUUAGGGAGCCAAACUUAAUGCAGCCGAUACAAUGGGAGAACCAUAAAAGGCAAACAUAUCCAAGAGCUUCAUUUUGUGGUGCAGUCUGCGGGAGGCCAGAAAAAGAGGGAGAAGAGUGAGUAUGCAGAAGAGAAGGCUUCCUGGAAGAGGUGAGAGUCAACAUCCCUCUGUUCUCCUAUCUCAGGCUCUUGUCCUGGCAUGUUCGUGUUGAGCACAUAAAGACACAAAAGCAGAUGUGAAGUCCCUCAUGGCGAAAUUUAACACGGGGGGCAAACCCACGGAGGAGGUCUCUGUCAACAGCCGCCCCUUCAAAGUCGCGGGGCAAAGCUCACCUUCAGGAGUACAAGCUAAAAAGAACCUAUUCAACAACCAAGGAAGUGCCAGCCCUCCUGCGGGACCUAGCAACGUACCUAGGUUUGGGUCCCCAAAGCCACCUUUGGCAGUGAAACCUUCAUCUGAGGAGAAGCCUGACAAGGAGCCCAAGCCCCCGUUUCUAAAGCCUACGGGAGUGGGCCAAAGAUUUGGACCACCGGCAAACUCAGCCACCAGAGACCCUGAGGUAAAAGUGGGAUUUCCAAAACCUGUAGGCCCCAAGCCCAUCAAUGUGCCCAAGGAAGAUUCCAAACCUGUGUUUCCCCGGCCCCAUGGGAAUAAGCCUUUGCUUCACAAUGUAAACGAAGACCACGACCUAAAGCCACCAGGCCCCAAGCCGGGCUCUAAUCCCCCAGCCCAGGAAACUGAGCAGAAGCAAGUGUUCCCCAAGUUGGCUGGGGUUAAAGGCAAGUUUGGGUCAGCCUCCCAAGACCACGACCCCAAGCCCCUCUUAACCAAGCCCGUCUUUGGCCAGAAGCCAUCCCUGAGUAGUGAUGACAGCCACGAAGACGAGAACGCCACCAAGCACGCGUCUCUACAGAAAGGCCUCCCGACCCCCCUUGGAGCCAAGUCCAAAAUGACCCCUUUAAAACCAACAAGGCAUGACGAAGAAAAUAAAGACCAGGGAGGAGAGACGUCAAGUUCACCUUUCCCUGGCGUGGUUCUGAAACCUGCCGUGAACAGAGGAAGCCCAGGCCUCUCCAAAAAUGCUGAGGAGAAAAAAGAAGAUAGGAAGAUAGAUGCUGCUAAGAACGUCUUCCUGAGCAAAAUGAAUCAGGAGGACCCAGCCUCUGGGGCUCCUCCUGCCAAGUUCCCUAAGACGCCUUCUAAGCUGACAGGGGCAGGGCCAUGGGGCCAAAGUCAGGAGAAGGAAAGGGGAGACAAGAAUUCAGCCACCCCUAGGCAGAAGCCCCUGCCUCCCCUGUUCACCCUGGGCCCACCACCACCAAAGCCCAGCAGACCCCCAAAUGUUGACCUGACGAGAUUCCGCAAAGCCGCUUCUGGAAACAGUACCAACAAAGGCCAAAUGUGUUACUCAACUACUUCCCUCCCACCACCUCCACCGUCCCAUCCAGCCAGCCAACCACCAUUGCCAGCAUCUCACCCAACACAACCGCCAGUCCCAAGUCUACCUCCCAGAAACAUUAAGCCACCUUUAGAUAUAAAAAGCGCUGUACAUGAAGAAAAUCAAGAUAGUGUCAUGCACUCUGAUGGUACUGGAAACCUAGAUGAGGAACAAGAGAGUGAAGGAGAAACCUAUGAAGACAUAGAAGCAACCAAAGAAAGAGAGAAAAAAAGGGAAAAGGAGGAAAAGAAGAGAUUAGAACUGGAGAAAAAGGAACAGAAAGAGCGAGAAAAGAAAGAACAAGAAAUAAAGAAGAAAUUUAAACUAACAGGCCCUAUUCAAGUCAUCCAUCAAGCAAAAGCUUGCUGUGAUGUCAAAGGAGGAAAGAAUGAACUGAGCUUCAAGCAAGGAGAGCAAAUUGAAAUAAUCCGCAUCACAGACAACCCUGAAGGAAAAUGGCUGGGCAGAACCGCCAGGGGGUCAUACGGCUAUAUUAAAACAACUGCCGUGGAGAUUGACUACGACUCCCUGAGGCUGAAGAAAAGUUCUCUCGGUGCUCUUUCAUCAAGACCGAUUGGAGAUGACCAGGAGGUUUAUGAUGAUGUCGCAGAGCAGGAUGAUAUUAGCAGCCACAGUCAGAGUGGAAGUGGAGGGAUGUUCCCACCUCCCCCAGAUGAUGAUAUUUACGAUGGGAUCGAAGAGGAAGAUACUGAUGAUGGCUCCAUACUACAGGUUGAAGAGAAGAGUAAUUCGUGGUCCUGGGGGAUUUUGAAGAUGUUAAAGGGAAAAGAUGACAAAAAGAAAAGUAUACGAGAGAAACCUAAAGUCUCUGAGUCAGACAAUAAUGAAGGUUCAUCUUUUCCUGCUCCUCCUAAACAAUUGGACAUGGGAGAUGAAGUUUAUGAUGAUGUGGAUGCGUCUGAUUUCCCUGCUCCACCAGCAGAACUGAGUCAAGGAGCCAAGGCUAAGACAGAAGAAAAAGACCCCAAGAAGCUAAAAAAGCAGGAAAAAGAAGAGAAAGACUUCAGGAAAAAGUUUAAAUAUGAUGGUGAAAUUAGAGUUUUAUAUUCAACCAAAGUUGCACCCUCCUUAACUUCUAAAAGGUGGGGGACCAGAGAUCUACAGGUGAAGCCCGGUGAAUCUCUCGAAGUUAUACAAAGCACUGAUGAUACGAAAGUUCUCUGCAGGAAUGAAGAAGGGAAAUAUGGUUAUGUUCUUCGGAGUUACUUGGUGGAUAAUGAUGGAGAGAUCUAUGAUGAUAUUGCUGAUGGUUGCAUCUAUGACAAUGACUAGGUCUCAGCUAUGUUCAUUCUGCCGUGUUCAUUUGACGCCAGUAUGAAAUCUGAGCUUUAGCUGACCUGUUAUUGGAUAUCACAGAAAAUGAACUCAGAAACGACUUAUUACCAUUUGUUUUAAAAUUCUGAUUAUCUUUACGAAAUUUUGAAACUUUGGACUUAGAAAAUGAUCUUAACAUCUUGGAAGACUGCGUCAAUGAGAUGUAGAAUUAUUAAAUAUUCCAUUUCUGCCUCAGCAACAAUUAUGAAGGCGCUUCUCUGAGACCAUCAGUAGACCUCCCCUUCCUAAAAAAAAAAAAAAAAAAAAAGAAGAAGAAGAAGAAGAAAUGACUGUGUUGUCUAAAGAAACAUGAGGACAAAGAAUAAAGAAAUAUAAGGAAGGAAAUUUUAAGACAUUCCACAAGAAGGAAAACCAUUGUUUGAACCGCUAAUUAUGAUUGUAUCUUAAUAUUCUUCAUUCAAAGUAUCUAUCUUUAAAAAGGUAGAACUUGCUGGGGGGAUAAAUGUUUUCAAAAAUUAUAGCUGUAGCAGAAUUUUUGUGUAAAGAUUGCCCCUGAUUGUUAAUUGUGAAUAGAUGUUAAUUAUUUGAUAAGAAUGUAUGCAUUUAGUAUGCACAUUUAAGAUUAAAACUGUAGAAGAGUCAAAAAUAAGUUUUCUUUUUGCAGAUUCAUCCACUAA